AGUGUCUACAACGAGCUUGUCUACAAUCUUUUAUUUCGUCAUAAUUCGCCGCAGUUGCUGUUCACUUCGCUGAGACUUCCUUAUGAAUGAAAUGGCAUUUCUUUCUAAAGAAGAGUUAAGAAGAAAGAUGGAAACAUAUUCUGGAAGAAGGAGUUUAUAUCUCAGUGGGCACAGUUUGCAUGAAUUGCCUGCAGCUUUGUUUGAAUUAACUGAGUUGGAGGAACUUUUCCUGUCAGAGAAUAAACUUACAACAAUACCUGAAAAUAUGGGAAAACUAAACAAUCUUACGGUACUUAUUGUGAGAAGAAACCAGCUGUCCGUAUUCCCAACAAGUUUGACACAGCUAAAGAAACUCAAAGAGCUGAACAUCAGAGAUAACAAACUAACCACCAUCCCUGAUGGUAUUGGGGAGAUGGUGGAGCUGGAGGGACUUGAGCUGAGUUUCAACCAGUUGACUGUCUUGAGUCCAGCUAUAAAACAGCUGAAGAAACUCAAAUGGCUGGACAUAUCACAUAACAAUCUAACCACUAUCCCCGAUGCUAUUGGGGAGAUGGUGGAGCUGGGUAGACUGGUGCUGAGUGGCAACCAGUUGACUGUGUUGAGUCCAGCUAUAAAACAUCUGAAGAACCUCAAAGUGCUGAACAUCUCACAUAACAAUCUAACCACCAUCCCUGAUGUUAUUGGAGAGAUGGUGGAGCUGGAGGGACUGGUGCUGAGUUACAACCAGUUGACUGUGUUGAGUCCAGCUAUAAAACAUCUGAAGAAACUCAGAGAGCUGGACAUGUCAUAUAACAAUCUAACCACCAUCCCUGAUGUUAUUGGGGAGAUGGUGGAGUUGGAGAGACUGGUGCUGAGUUACAACCGGUUGACUGAGUUGAGUCCAGCUAUAAAACAGCUGAAGAAACUCAAAGAUUUGUCUGUGUAUGGGAAUCUUUUUACAGUUGAAGGAAUGAGAAGUGUUAUGGAGCUGAAGGAUAAGAUUUACAGAGUAUAUUCAGUUUUCCCAGACCAUGUGGAUAGACAAAGAGCGCAAGGACCAGCUGCACAGUUGGCUUAUGAAGAGGCUUUAAAAGAUGGAUAUGUACAAGUUUACCGUGGUCGUGUUAUACUGGUUGGUCAGGAUCGCGCCGGUAAAACCAGUCUGAAGAAGAGUCUCUUAGGCCUUCCAUUUGACCCUAAAGAACAGAGUACUCAGGGGAUUGAAGUGGAUCCUUCAAAGUGUGAAAUUGAUGUUGAUCAAGCUGUUAAGAACUGGCAGUUGACCAGGGAGAAUAAACCAGGAUUACUGGAAUGUUCAAAAGAUGUAGCAAAGAUUGUGGUUGGCAGAAUGUGUGGAGCAGAUAUUUCUCAAUUUUUAAAGGAAGAGACAAUUGAUGGAGGACAACUGGAAUUAAAAGAUGAAGUUGAAGAUGUUUUCAAGUCAAAACAGGUUGAGGAGGGUGAAAGUUUCAGAGAUAUUGUGGAAAACCAUGGCAAUGAAUAUUCUACUGAAUGUAAAGAUGAAAACAUGCAAGCUGAGCCUGAUGUGAUGAUUGAUGUUUCUCGGCCUCCUGAUACUGAGGAGCAUGUUUAUCAGUGGUUGGAGUAUGCUCAGGGGAAACCCACUGAAAGUGCUUUAUUCACAGAGGAACCCUAUGUUACAAUGGACGUGUGGGACUUUGCAGGGCAGCACUUGUACUAUGCUAAACAACACCUCUCUGAGGACCCUAAGGAGUGGGCAAAGGCAAUUGCUGGUGUCCGACAGAAGGAAAGAUUAGACCGCCUCCAUGAGAUUCAGCAAUUGAGGAGUUCCUAUGAAGAGAAGUUCAACUGGGAGAAACAAUGUGACAUUCUUGUGGAGAAGAUGUGGGACAUUGUUCGUGGUUGUAAAAGACGAGACAUAAAUUUUAGAACCCAGGAGGGCGAAGAUGUCGAUACGUCAACCAAACAACUAACAGUUGAUUCAUCACUGACUCCAAGUUCUCUGGACCGAAUCAUCCAGAAACUUCAGCAGAUGCGACUUGAUGCCGGGCAAGUCAAGAGAAGAACAGAUCUAUCAUUGGGGCUGAGGAAUAUUGCAUCUGACAAGGGCUUCAGGAUAUUUGACAAUCAAGAAUCAGGAAAUUGCAUGUUCUAUGCCUUGUCAGAACAACUGGAUAUUGUUGAAAAAAUCUAUAUCCCACCAUGCAGAUUAAGACUAACCUUGGUCCAGUACCUCAGACGUAACCCAGAACUACCAGAUGGAACAGAUCUGUUCCACUUUGUCCAUGGACAUCAAACAUGGACUGAAUACUUAACACACAUGGAACAAGAUGGCGCUUGGGGUGAUCAUGUGAUUCUGUAUGCCGCAGCAAACUGCUAUGAAACGUGCAUUCGUGUGGUCAGCAGUCUACCCCACAGUAAUGAUGUAUUGAUUACGCCACAUUGUUCAGUUGACGAAAGCAAAGCACUUGUGCUGGGACAUAUUCAUGAGCUGCACUAUGUCAGCCUUCAACCCGCUCAAGGUUAAAAGACAGGCUAUCUACACAGUCAUUAUACUCGGCUCAGAUCUCUGU